CAAUACAUGAAAUUGUUUGUUGUAUCGAUUUUAUUUAAAUAUUUUACAAUUUGAUUAAAAGCAGGAUUAUUGUUGUUUAAAUCCAUUCAUAGGAGGAGCUGAAAAUAAAACAGAAGGAUUUCAUGCAGGAGACUAAAGACAGAGAAAAGAGGGUUCAAAUGUUGAAGAAAGCUGUUGAGUCUCAUAAGGCGGCGGUGCAGAACAGUGAGAGGAUCUUUGAUGAGCUCAUCAGCUUCAUUCAGAAAAGACAAGCUGAGAUGAGAGAGAAGAUCAGUGCUCAAGAGAAGGAAGUACAAGAAGCUGAGAAUCACGUACAGACACUGGAGCACGAGAUCAGAACUCUGCAGAAGGAUAACGAUACAUUGGAGCCACUUUUGCAUACAGAAGAUCACAUUCAUUUCUUCCAGAAUUACCCUUCCUGUUCGGAAUUCCUUUCAUACACAAUCUUAUUAAGGGAUUUUAAUAAUCUCCUGACAACUGAGAAUGUAAACAAAUCUCUCUCAGAAUUGAAAGAGCAACUGGAUAAAAUAUGUGAAGAACACAUGAGCAGAAAAUCAGUUGGUGAUAUUUUGAAAAUCAUCAUGCCAAAAAGAGCUUCCAUUUUCAGAAGAAAAGCAAAUGUGAGCGACAUUGAGCGCUGUCAACUGGAUACAAGUACUCAGUCAUCGGAGCACCAUCAAUCGAAUAUAAGAACUCUGCCUUUGGAGCGUCAUCAAUCGGACAUAAGACCUCGGACAAUGGCUUUCAACGAAAGAGAAAAAACAAUAUGGCCCAGGACGAAUCGCACUAAUCGGAUGUACAAUGGUUACUCAUUCAUAUCUGAUGAUGAUGAUCUCUAUGGAUAGAUGGAGAUGUUUCCACUUAUCUCCUGAUGACCCUUUAAUCUGCAUCUGGAUUCUGGAACUCAUCAUUCCUUCACAGAGUACAGUGAAAGGUCAGAGUAUUACUGCACAAAAAAUGGAGAUGAUCUGAAUCUAAAGGACCUUGUUAUAGUAUUUAUUUAUUAGGCUAUUGUUGUCUUUUGCUUCCCUGUACAAAUAUGGCUUUAACAAACUAUUAUUCGUGGGGGUUUGAACAUAUUAUUAUGGGGUUUGUGAAACCAAACCAGUCUACCUUUGGAAUUUUUCUGUCAUUCAAUAACAUUUAAAAACAAUGCUAAACAAAGUGCUGUUAAAUAUUAAUAUUCAGUGGUG